CGAUGCACUUGGAAGACUCUUGACUCGAAUCUUGAGAGACAUAUGGCUACUGAGCUGAGCUUGACUAUGCGCGGUGGUGGUUUUAUUAAUGUUGAAGAUUUACUUAAGAUGCAUUUGAAAACGUCCGCAAAUAUCCAAUUGAAGUCACAUACGGUUGAUGAAAUCAGAGAGGCUGUGAGAAGGGACAAUAAACAACGUUUUAGCCUCAUAGAUGAGAAUAGAGAGCUCUACGCAAACCAAGGCCACUCGAUCACGACGGUUGAGUCAGAGAAGUUACUUAAACCAAUCCUGUCACCAGAAGAAGCUCCGGUGUGUGUGCAUGGAACUUAUAAGAAGAAUUUGGAAUCCAUCUUAUCAUCGGGCUUAAAGCGCAUGAAUAGACUGCAUAUUCACUUCUCUUGUGGCUUGCCAACAGAUGGUGAAGUGGUUAGUGGCAUGAGAAGGAACGUCAAUUUUUUGAUCUUCCUCGACAACAAGAAAGCUCUUGAAGAUGGGAUUGCAUUCUACAUUUCAGACAACAAAGUGAUUUUGACUGAAGGCAUUGAUGGUGUAGUGCCUGUCGAUUACUUCCAGAAGAUCGAGUCUUGGCCUGAUCGAAAUCCUAUACCUUUCUGAUUCACAGAACUCAACAUUAAUGCGUGAAUGCGAAGAUUCACAGGUUCUAUGACAAUGAUUGUGAAGAUUCUUGUGAACCUUGAUUAUGUUAUGUCUCAGUGUCUUCAACUGCAACAUGACAAUUUAUCAACUUUCAAAGUUGUGUUAUGAGCAGAAAGAAACCAAUUGAUAAAAAAAAGGGCCUUGAACGUUAGAAGAA